AUGAAUUUACGAGCAUUUUAUAAAUCGCUGACUCGUAAAAAGCCAAUGGUGGUUGGCGAAUCCAAGCUAAAGAAGUUUCUAUCGACGGUGGAUUUAACUGCUAUGGGAGUUGGAUCAACAUUGGGCGUGGGAGUUUAUGUUUUAGCUGGUGAAGUUUCUAAAAAUGUUGCUGGCCCUGGAGUGAUACUUUCAUUUGCUAUUGCGGCAUUCGCUAGUGUUCUUGCUGGAUUAUGUUAUGCUGAAUUUGGCGCCAGAGUACCGAAAGCUGGAAGUGCGUACAUUUACAGUUUCGUGACAAUUGGAGAAUUUGUGGCUUUUCUAAUCGGUUGGAAUUUAAUUCUUGAGUAUGCGAUUGGAAGCGCAAGUGUGUCAAAAGGAAUUACAAAUUAUAUUGACGAAAUAACAGGGAAUCGAAUAAGUAACUUUUGGAUUGAGAUUGUUCCAAUAAGUGUGCCUUUCUUUGGAAGAUACGCAGACUUUUUCGCUCUUGGAAUUAUUAUUGUUGUCUCACUCGGUUUAGCUUUCGGCGCAAAAGAAUCAGCGUUAAUGAAUAAUGUUUUCACUAUUACAAACAUCUCAAUUGUGCUAUUUGUGAUUAUUUGCGGAUUCUUUAAAAUGGAUUUCUCAAACUGGGCUAUUCCUGCUGAACAAGUUCCUGAAGGUGCAGGUACAGGCGGAUUUUUUCCAUAUGGUUUUGUGGGCGUUGUAAAAGGUGCAGCGAUUUGCUUCUAUGCAUUUAUUGGAUUCGACGUCAUUGCAACUGCAGGCGAAGAAGCAAGAAAUCCAAGAAAAUCAAUUCCAAUCUCUAUUUGUUUGUCUUUAUUCAUCAUUUUUCUUGCUUAUUUUGGUAUUUCUUCUGUGUUAACUCUUAUGGUUCCAUAUUAUGAUCAGAAUGAAAAUGCGCCACUACCUGCUGUCUUCAGAUCUUUUGAAUGGCCUUUCGCUGAGUAUUUGGUAACAUUUGGAGCUAUUUUCGGAAUGUUUGCUUCAUUGAUGGGCGCAAUGUUUCCCUUGCCUCGUGUGAUUUAUGCAAUUGCUGUUGAUGGCUUACUUUUUGAUGUCUUUGCAAGAGUUCAUUACAAGUUCAACACGCCAUUUUGGGGAACAUUAAUUGCUGGUGUACUAACAGGCUCCCUUGCAGCUUUCUUUGAUCUUGAUCAACUUAUAAACAUGAUGAGUAUUGGAACUUUUAUGGCUUAUUCAAUGGUAGCUGCUUGCGUUCUCUUAUUACGUUAUGAAGUUGACAGCCCACAACCAGGAGAAAAAGGCGAAAACAUGAAAGAUGAGCGUUCUGGAUUCAUAAACACACUUUUCAAUAUCGAUGGUUUAACGAUCCCAACAAAAUAUACUUCGGGAUUGGUGACCAUAAUCGUAACUCUUUACGCAGUUUUUUGUAUGUGGAUGUCGCUUGUCAUAUCACUUAUGGGCGGUGAUAUUCUAGAAGGCGAUGCAUUAGCAAUCGUUCUUUUAUGUCUACCGAUUGUUGCAAUUAUUAUUUCCAUGAUUAUACUCGUUCGUCAGCCAAAAUCAGCGAAAAUUUUGACAUUUAGUGUCCCAUUCGUUCCUUGGUUUCCCGCUCUUUCAAUUAUGGUUAAUAUUUAUUUAAUGGUUGAAUUAGAUACUGCAACAUGGAUUCGUUUUGGUGUUUGGAUUGCUAUUGGCUUAGUCAUUUACAUAUUUUAUGGUAGACGAUAUAGCAAGGAAAAAGAGCGUGAAAUGUUAGCCAACACUUUCUAGAUUUAUUAAUCGUUUUAUUAUCCUAAACAAUGAUGUGAUUUGAUGUCAAAUGAUAUGUUUUGAAUCAAAAUAAAAUUGAGAUGAACAGA